GACUCAAUGUUAGUAUUUUAGGAUGAUCUUCAGGUACAGCAUUUCAAAGUACAUGUCCUUAUCACAAAAUGUACACUGUGAUCUUAUGAGACAUAAACACAGCAUCCAUGCAAGAUAGAUAACCAUGCCCAGACCUUGAAAGUGUGUCUUGUUUCAUGGAUAUGCUUGAGAUACUAUUGUGUCAUUCUGGUUUUACAGGCUUAGAACAUUUAUUACACAGUGUGAUAAUAUUAGAGAGCAUCUUUUUGAGUAAUUGUCUUUGCUCAUCUACAUCCCGUCUUCUUAUAUCUGAGAAAGUACUCUUCCAAGAAACAGGUGGUUAAACAGUAUGUACUUAUUGUUUCAGGGUCUGUUGACUUUCAGAGAUGUGGCUGUGGAUUUCUCCCAGGAGGAGUGGGAAUGCCUGGACUCUGCUCAGAGGGCUCUGUACAUUGAUGUGAUGUUGGAGAAUUAUAUAAACCUCGUCUCUGUGGAGAACUACUAUAUAUGUCAUACUGUUCAUCAACAUCUGAAGAAAAAAGAAGAGCCUUUUAACUGUCAAAGGCUUGGGAAAACGCUUCAUGAACCCUCCAACUGUAUACUGUAUAAAGGAAGUGAAGCUAUAGUAAACUCUAAUAACUACAGAUACAGUAAUAACAUGAAUGGUGCAAUUGAUUCAUCAAACACAAAUGGACAUAAAAUCAUGCACACUGGAGAAAAACCUUGCAAAUCAGAAGACUGUGAGAAAUCCUUAAAUUGGUGUUCCAGCAUUACUCUAGAUCAGAGACACUGCACUGAAGAGAAAGAGCACAGACAGGAAGAACAUGAUGACCAUUUCAGCUCUGCAUACAGUCUCAUGCAACAUACAAUUUACCUUGAAAUGAAAUCACACCAGUGUGGGAAAUGUGGAAAAUGUUUCAGUACUUCCUCAAGCCUCACAGUACAUCAGAGAAUUCAUACUGGAGAGAAACCGUAUAAGUGCAAUUUUUGUGAUAAAUCCUUUAACCAGUGCACACAUCUUAAAAUACAUCAAAGACUUCAUACUGGAGAGAAACCUUACAAAUGCAAAGAAUGUGGAAAGUCAUUUCGUCAGUUGUCAGCUCUUAAAAGCCAUCAGAAAUUGCACACUGGAGAGAAGCCUUACAAAUGUAAGGAAUGUGACAAAUCCUUUGCCCACUAUUCCAAUUUCAGGACACACCAAAAAAUCCAUACCAAUGAGGAACAUUGUAGUUGUCCAGAAUGUGGCAGGAACUUUCAUCAGCUUUCACACUUUAGAAAACAUUACAGACUCCAUACUGGAGAGAAGCCUUACAAAUGCAAUGAGUGUGACAGAUCCUUUACCCACUAUUCAUCAUUAAAAUGGCACCAGAAAACUCAUUCUCCAGAGACAUAUUACAAAUGCAAAGAAUGUGGUAAGUCCUUUAUUGAAUUAUCACAUCUUAAAAGACAUUACAGAAUCCAUACUGGUGAAAAGCCUUACAAAUGUGAGGUAUGUGACAAAGCCUUUACUGUGAACUCAGUUCUUAAAACACACCAGAAAAUUCAUACUGGAGAGAAACCUUACAAAUGUAAGGAAUGUGACAAAUGUUUUUCUCAUAACUCACAUCUUAGAAGACAUCAGAUUGUUCAUACAGGAGAGAGACCGUACAGAUGUAAGGAAUGUGAUAAAUCUUUUCCUGAGUGCUCAGCUCUUAGAGAACAUGAGAAAAUUCAUUCUGGAGAGAAAACAUACAAAUGUGGAGAAUGUGACAAAUCCUUUACCCAACGUUCAUAUCUUAGAAGUCAUCAUCAGAGAGUUCACACUGGAGAGAGACCUUAUGUAUGUGAGGAAUGUGGCAAAUCUUUUACUACUUGCUCAACUCUGAGAAAACAUCAGAAAAUUCAUACUGGAGAGAAACCUUACAAAUGCAUGGAUUGUGACAAAUCCUUUACCCAUAAUUCACAUCUUAGAACACAUCAGAAAGAUCAUACUGGAGAGAGACCUUACAGAUGUAAGGAAUGUGACAAAUCUUUUACUAGGUGCUCAACUCUUAAAGCACAUCAGAAAAUUCAUACUGGAGAGAAACCUUACAAAUGUUUGGAAUGUGACAAAUCCUUUACCCAGGCCUCACAUCUUAGGACACAUCAGAUUGUUCAUACUGGAGAGAGACCUUACAGAUGUCCGGAAUGUGACAAAUCUUUUACUAGGUGUUCCCAUCUUAGAGCACAUCAGAAAAUUCAUACUGGAGAGAAACCUUACAAAUGUUUGGAAUGUGACAAAUCCUUUACUCAGGACUCACAUCUUAGAAGACAUCAGAGAGUUCAUACUGGAGAGAAACAUACUGUUAUAAAUAAUCUGAUGUAGCAUUUAUCUAGUAUUCUCUCUGCUUACAAAUCCUAACAGUAUACAUAAUAGAAACACAAGGAGAAGAAAUGUGUAAAAACCUUUAGUGAAGUUUUAAAUCUCAGAAAAUACGACAGUAUAUUUUAAAAUAAAAUUUUGCAAAUGUAAUUGUGUGAGAAGCUUUUUUCUU